CGUUACGGUUGCCCAGCAACGUCGCCAAUCAGCGCCCGCGCCCUCUCGUAGCGCGGGGUCUGCUGGGAAUCCGAGGCCGAUCGGCAGCGACCGCCCUUUUUCUCUUGAUCGGGAGAGGAUCGGCAGAGAGAGAGCUUGGAAAGUCACACCGCCGGCAGAAACUGCUACAAGCAGCGGAACCCAGCAAGAGGAGUAUCCAGUCAUGUCUGCAGAAGUGAUAGUGGGCUGUGGAAAUGAGUUUCCAGCCCAUUACAAGGUGAUGCUGGACAGACUGAAUGAACAGCGGCAACUGGAUCAGUUCACAGACAUCACACUGAUUGUGGAUGGUCACCAAUUCAGGGCUCAUAAGGCGGUUCUUGCUGCUUGCAGUCAGUUUUUCUAUAAAUUCUUCCAGGAUUUCAAAUUAGAGCCUUUGGUGGAGAUUGAAGGGGUCAGUAAUUUGGCCUUCCGUCAUUUGAUCGAAUUCACCUAUACAGCCAAGCUUGCAGUAAGUGGAAAUGAAGAAGUCAGUGAUGUGUGGAAAGCAGCAGAGUACUUACAGAUGCAAGAGGCAAUCAAAGCUCUCAACAGCAGGACCAAGAGCAGUUCACCUGAGGCCUCGAAGCAAAGUCCCACGGAGAAGAACAAAGCCAAAAAAAGGAAGAUAGCGGAGACCUCGAACGUGAUCACAGAGACGCUGCCCUCGGUGGAGACAGAGCCAGUGGAGAUAGAGGUGGAGAUUGCUGGUGGGACAAUAGAGGUCGUGGAGGAUGAGGGCAUUGAGGUGGUAGAGGAGGUGGCAGUACAGCCAGACAAAGAUGCCAGCUCCCAGGACACCUCGGACGAUUCUGCCCUGGUUCUGCUGGCUGACAUCACCAGCAAGUACCAGCAGGGGGAGUCAACCCUGCAUGAGAUGAAGAAGGACGGUGAAGCGAGCUGCACCACGGAUCUGGAGGCGGCUGCCACUGCCAAAACUCUGGAGGGCAUCGAGGUGGUGGAGGUCCAGAUCUCCCACCUUAACAACCUGUUCCGAUGCGAGAAGUGUGACCGCUCCUUCAAGCUCUUCUACCAUUUCAAGCAGCACAUGAAGGUGCACUCGGACAAGGCCUUUGUUUGCCCUAACUGCAACAAGACGUACACGCGGGAGAGUGCCUUGAAGCACCACUUGGCUUGCCACCACUUUGAGGUGGAGGAAUCGCGCCGCCAGCGGCCUCAGAAGAAAGUGCACGUGUGCGGAUACUGCGAGAAGCAGUUUGACCACUUUGGCCAUUUCAAAGAACACCUCCGGAAGCACACAGGUGAGAAGCCUUUUGAGUGUCCGGACUGCCAUGAGCGCUUUGCAAGGAACAGCACUCUGAAAUGCCACAUUGCAGCUUGCCAAAAUGGUGUUGGUGCGAAAAAGGGAAGAAAGAAGCUUUAUGAAUGCCAGGUGUGCAGCAUGGUGUUCAACAGCUGGGACCAGUUUAAGGACCAUCUGGUGGUCCAUACAGGAGAUAAACCCAAUCAUUGCACUAUAUGUGACAUUUGGUUCACCCAAGCUGGAGACAUGCGUAAACAUCUCCGGGAAUUCCACGCCAUUCAUGAAAGAGUGGUGACUGAGGUGGUGGUCCCGGAGCAGGAAGAUGUGGAGGAUGUGCAUGUGGAGCAUGUGAUGGUGGAGCAGGUGCAGAUUGAAUCACCGGAGGUGCUGGAGACCAUCCAAGUGCAGGUAGAGUCAGUGGAAGGAGAGCAGGGAAAGGAGGAACAUGUUCACAUGGACCAAGUCCAGGUGGAGGAAGAGAAAACAGCUGAGAUCCAGGUGCAUCAGCCACAGGAUGAGCAACAAUCCUCCGAAACACUGAUAAAAGAACACAUAGAAAUCCAGGUGGAGCACGUCCAAAGCAGUGCAUUACAGCACUACCUGGAAACAACUGUACAGGAUAGUGAGGUCCCAGUGGAACAGGUUGAAAUCCAGGUGGAGGAAGCAGAGGUUGGCGAAGUGCAAGUAGAAGAUGUGUAAACUGAGGACUUAAGAACUGCAUAAUUGCCUGACUAUUUAUCCUGUGUGGUGCUCGCCAGGCUUUGCUGGUCCAACCAAUACAAACGGCCAACAUUUGAACUCCACUGGCUUUCAAUAUAAUAGUUUAAACAGGAAAACAAAAAACUUGAAAGAAAUGCUGGUAAAUGUACAGGAAUUCUAGGAUCAGUAAUAAAUCUGACACAACAGUGUUUACUUUUUACUUCAUUUACGAUGAAUUUGUUGCUAUCAUAUAUAUGACAUUGGAUGAAAAAUAAGCUUUGAAGCAUAGGUUUUUGUUUUUUAAUUGCUUAACACUUACUUCCUUACAUGGGGAAAUUGAGUUUAUUAAAUGUAUGUUUGUGGCUAAAAUGCAGUGUACUGGUCGUGCUUGCCUGUUACAAGGUGGAAAGGGCAUUUGCUACUUCAUUACAUGAACCCCACUAUUUAGCAAGGAUAUAAAUAUAACUCUUCAAUCUGUGCUUAAAUAUUCUUGGAACAGGGUGGUUAAAGUCACAUGACCCAUUCACAGGGUACUGUUGUUUUACUAUAUAAAACACAUUCUUAAGUUUCCUCCUGGAUUUUCAUAUGUCCCUUUUUAAUAUAAAAAAUCUAUUUAUGUAUGUUGUUGUGUUUUUUUUUUCCAGUGGAUAGUACCACCAGGUUUUCAGUUUAUUUGUCUUCUAAUGUGUCAUUGAAAAGCUUGGCCAGCAAAUCCCCAUUCAACAGUUUGUCAAAGGAUUCCAUUAAGCCCUGUAAAAGGAAAAGAGAAAAAAUCAAUACUAUGGUGUGGAUCAGAUCUCUUACCUUAUGCUUUCCUUUGGCUCAAAAUACAGACUGGGCCUUUUGAUUAUGUCAUUAGAUGAUGUUCCAUAUAAAGUGAUAAGUUGAGCAGGAUGUAAAAAAUAUUUUAAAGUAUAUAAUUCAGUUUAGGGAUGCCAUCGUGGUAUUUUUGCAUACUGCAGUAUAGUAGAACUAUUUAAAACAAAACAAAAAAAAUAAAUAAAAAGUAGAAAAUGUCAUUAUAUUAAGAAAAAAAAAAGUUGUAAAUGUGAUAUAGCUGUGAGGAGGGGGACAUAAUACUGGUAUAUACAAUGUUAUUAAAGGCAUGAAACACAGGGUUUAUACAUUCUGCACACUUGUACAUCAAUUUGGAAUACGGGAUAGAACAUUGCACAUCCUCAGAAUUGUCUGAGGGCUUUAGUUUGUUGAGAUAUUUCCUGUGGUAAGCCUCAGCUACCACAGGAAGCUCCAACCAUGCCUUGCAUACAUCAUGAUCAGCGUCAACCACUAAUCUACUGAUCGUUUAAACAACUUUUAAUUCCCAAACACAACACAAGUAGUAUUAUUCCUGACUUCUGAAUAACAUUGUAUUACUAUUAGACUGUUUCAUAUCUUCAGUUCUGUAAUGACCCAACUGAAUGCCCUGGCCCUGUAUUGAUACAUUGUUGCAAAGAUUUGUACCCCCAAGCUCUUUCUGUAUUACCUGAAGUAACAAUUUGAAUGAAUUUACCAUGAGUACUUGUCAAAAAAGAAAUAAUAAGACACUGGUCAAAGAUGGAACUCUUAAAGAUUCGGUAUGUAUUUUGUCUGUGUGUAGCGACAACCGAAUGGUAAUUAUUUAUUCAAAAUACUUACCAAAAUGCAAUGAUCACUGUAUCACUUAAAUUACCAAAAUUAUGUUUCCCAGCGUUUGUGAUAUUAUUAGGUAAGCAACUAUGUACUAUUUUUGGAUUACUAGAAUUCCUUUCCAUUGUAUCUUUUAUGAAAAAGAAAAACCCAGGGCUGAACUUAAAUUUGUGCAUACAGAUAAUUCUUCAUUCUGAGAAAUACAAAUUUGCCAAAAGCGGAUGAUAACCUCAGUGUCAACCUUUAUCAGAGGUUAAUAGCUGAUGAGUCUGUACUACUUGGACUAAAACACACUGUGUGUGAAAAUAACUAUGCUAAAAUAUGCUUUCUGGUUUGUAUUGAAAGAGCUCUUGCAACACAAUUGAGCUUUAGGAGCUACAAAGCAGUGUUUCUGUUUUGUUAGAAACACGUUAUUUACUGAUACUGACUUCCACGGCUUAGUUUAUUGUUUCAUUUUAUAUUAAAAAAUGUUGGUGGAUAUCUGUGUAUUUGUUAAUAACUAAAUGCUUGUCUGUAUGGGUAAUGGCUUCAGGUAUGCAACCUACCUUCAUCAUACAGACUUGUACAUGUACUAUCAAAAAUGAAUGUCUAGAAAAUGUACCAUACAUUUCCAGUAAAUCUAUUGCAAAUAAACAAGUACUGUACCUGUGCAUGCCCACCAAACAAAUGUUCAGUUCUGCAGUGACAGGAAUUUAUAAGUGGCUGUCAGCAAUGAGUUUUCUUUAUUAUUCUUUAAAGUACAUUGUUCUGUAAUACAGCUCCUUUUCAACAUUGGUAACAUGUUAUAAUACAUAUAUAACAGAAGUAGUGCUGAAUCAUGGGUGUACAGUUUGGUUUGUAAAUAUGUGAAUCAAUGUGUACAUGAGAACUUUUACUAGUACAUUAGUUUGCUUCCUGAAUUCUGAUUGUUUAUUAAGUAAUAAAGAGCAAAAUGCAUCACAAAA